CUAAUUACAAACGCGCUGCCACCAUCAGCGCCUAAUUCAUGACGUGCUAAACCACCAUGCCCUAUCCACGACUACCCCGACACGACCAUCUCACUCACCUGCAUUAACACUUCUCGACGGACGCAAUCAAAAUAUCCCAGCCAGCUGCACCCUCCACCCCAAACAUAACCUCAAAGAACCGAGUUUGACGGCCGCCCCCCAUCUCUCUACCCCAGACCCUACAAUAAUACCCCAACCAAACCCACGGACCACCCGUUGAUGUCGCCGAAACCAACCAACGCUCCACCCUCCACCCUCCACCCUCAAGAAACACGCCCUACCACCAUCUAUACCCAACUACGUACAUCUAUUAUUCACAUAAUCUAAUCAGCAUCUGGAAGAAAACAAUUACCCCACCCAAAAAAUGGACGACGGUCCACCCCCACCCCCUCCACCACCCCACGGCACCAAGCCGAACACUACCCAUGGCGAAUAUCGCAAAACCUCCGAUCUCCCGCCGGGGAACUACGACAUCUUCAUCAUCCCGCCGCACUCCGCGGGCUCCGGCUUCCUCUACCUCCCCUCCCUGCAGACCCAGCGCAACAGCUUCAUCGCCGGCUGCGUCUCCACCCUCCUCGCCAUGCUGGUCUGGGUGGCCGUCUCCCCGAUCCUGAAGUCGUGGUACGCCGCCACCGUCGCCAGCGGGAACGGCAUGGGGAUCGCGAUUCUGGCGGUCGGUGUGGGUGUGGCUGGGUGGGCGUUUGGCGCUGCACAGGCGGGUACUGGCGGCGGCGGCGGUGGUGGUGACGGGGCCAGCGGAGGUAAUAAUCGCGGGAAGCGGGGAGGUUUCGGAUUCGGUGGGGGAGGUGGAGGGGGCUUUGGAGGAGGCGGGGGCCCGGGUCCCGGGGGUGGAGGUAAUGAUUAUGCGCGCGGAGGGAAUCAGGGCUAUGGAGGAGCGCCGGGUGGGGGACACGGGCAACAGCACUACGGGGGAGGCGCAUACAAUAACAACGCGGGAGGAGCAGCACCUCCACCACCACCACCACCACCAGGAGGAGGUGGAGGACCUUAUGGAGCAGGAGGAGGACAUCAGUACCAACAACAGCAAGCAGGAGGACCACCACCCCAAUCGUCACCGCCGCCACCGCCGCCGCCACCACCUCAACCAGAGCCCGAACCCACCCCUUCAGCAUCCAGCAAGCCCUCCAGUGGCGCAGACUGGGAGAAAGCCCGCGAAGAAACGCGACGCAAGGAAGAACUCCGGCGCAAGAUGGAAGCCUUCAAGCGCAAGCGCGAAGCCGAGCAGCGCGAGAAGCAGAAGCAGCGCGAGCGCGAGGCGAUGGAGCGCGAACUGCGCGAGCGACGCGAACAGCUCGAGAAGGAGAUGGCCGCCGCCAAGGAAGCCGCCGCGCGCGAGGCCCGCGAGCGCGCUGAGAAGGAAGCCGCCGAGGCCCGCGCCAAAGCGGAGCGCGAGGCCGCCGAAGCGCAGGCCCAGCGCGAAGCCGCCGAGGCCAAAGCCAAGGCCGAACGAGAGGCCGCCGAGGCGAAGGCGCGCGCCGACCGUCUGGCGGCGCAGGCGCGCGAGCGCGAGCAACGGCGAGCGGCCGAGGCCAAGGCCCGCGCGGAGCGCGAGGCAGCCGAGGCUCAGGCCAAGGCGGAGAAGGAGGCAGCGGAGAAAGAAGCCGCCGCCAAAGCCGCGGCCAAGAAGGAGGCAGAUGCCAAAUUCGCGGCCCUCAAGGAGGCCGCCGCGAAGAAAUACGCCGAGAAAAAGGCCAAAGACGCGCAGGAGGCCGCCGCGGCUGCCAAAGCGAAAGCAGCACCAGCAGCACCAGCAGCAUCGGCAACAUCGGCUCCACGAACCCCAUCCCCGACCAAGAAACCCCCUACCACCUCACGAACCACAUCCUCCGCCACCGCCGACGACGACGCCCACUCCUUCCGGCCCUACGACCGCGUCCGCCGCCCCUACGGCACGGCCACGACAACCACCACCUCCAGCUCCUCCGUCUACUCGGAAUCCUCCUCGUACGCGCCCUCCCAAUCCACGGCGCGCACCGACCCCCCGCCCCCGCCGUCCAACCGGGGGCCCUACGCGACCAAGGACCCCGAUAAAGUCGUCGUUCACGGCGUCUACGCCUUCAACCACGCCUUCCUCCGCACACCGGUGGCGCAACUCGUCGCCGGCCAGGGGAUGGUCUCCGACGGGCUC